AUGGCGCCGGCUUUGAAUAAUGCGACCAAUUGUCUGGACGUCGACGAUGCGCAAGAUGGUUUUGAAGAGCUCCUGAUCGCGUUCAACCCAUAUGUUGAGGAGCUACUUCACCAACCCGCAUUCCACCCCUUCAUGACUUUACCUGCUGUACGUGUUAUCAUCGUACCGGAGCUUCGAUGCAUGGUCUACGAGCAGUACUUCCUGGACGAAAAGCAAUCGAUAGCCUGUCAGGAUUGGCCACACUUGCGAUUCUCUGAGGACCAUGAGCAGUCUAUCCGACUUAAGAGGAAGCACUCACCGUUUCUGCCGUCUCUUUGUCUCACCAGUAAGAGCCUGCGAAGUGAUCUGCUCUCUUGUUUGUUGGAGGCAGCGCGUUUCGAGUUCGACGACUGUACAGCUCUCAGUAGGAUCAUGGUUUCACUGGAGACAAGAUCCCUGCAUCUCUAUGUUCGAAAGGCGAAAACAAGGAACGUGAACGGGCAGCGAGGGAUUGUAUUCCUCAAAGACGAGCCCGGCGGAAGUGAAGAGGACGCCCGCGAGCUCACGCAAAGGUGCAAUAAAGUCAACUCCUCCACGAUCAAGCGCUUCUCACGACUUCGCGAGCUUAACGUCACACUUUACUCGCCAUUGUUGUGUACGCCUGGGAGUGGCAAUACAACGUUCUCCAUCCGUCCAAUUUCAUUCGACAUGUUCUUGCAUGACUUCCAAUUCCAAGGUAUCCUGGGCUUGGAAGAGCUACAAAAGCUCACCAUUACAAAGAUCAGCGGCGCAGCCGGCACUUACGACACCCGCAAGCAGAUGAAACUCAACAAUGACGGCCUGGUCGAAGACGAUAAGUCAAGCAAUCUCACCGCUGUAUUGGAUUUCUGUCGACAGAUCAAACAUGGGUUCACUACUCAAGGACGCAACGUGGUAGUCAAAGCCUAUCUUCAGUAUGGCCAGGAUGUAUAUGAGGAAAGGAUCUUUCCUUGA